GAGAGAGAAAGAGAGAGAGAGAGAGGUGCAUAUGUUUAAGCUGAGAAAGAGAGAGCCAAAGAGUGAAUCAAACAUCGCCUUAUUGAAACCUAUGAAGCGCAUCUCGUGGACCGUGUGGCAAGUGAGACAUUAACUUUACGUGCUUGUGUACUGCUGUGUUGGUAGAGAAACGUCUGCAUGUCAAAUAAUUGACUUCAAGCAUUAAGAUGACUGAAAGAUUUCUAUUUGUUUUCCUGAAUACAAUUUGACACGUCCAAAUCUUGAAAUCUAAGUUUCACUUUUGUUGGAAUUCAUCCGAUCUUGUAAAGUACGCUAUAUUUAAUGUUUACUCGAGGCUAAGCUUAAGUGUAACAGAGUUUACCUCUUAAAAAGAAACGGACUCACACAAGUCUUCAAAUGAAACCAUGGCAACAGACAUAGCAUUUGACCCAUUUCAAGUUUUUGAGGUAUUUCACAAACACUGUGCAAUCCUCUACGUCAAGGUAGUCCGAGGAAGACGAAUCACCAAAGGAUGGGCGAAAGAUCUCGUUGAUACACCAGACCCAUACGUGAUUCUAACAUUAGCCAACUCACCAUAUUCUUGGAAAAAGACAUCAGUUAAAGAUAAUGACAUAAAUCCAGAGUGGCAAGAAACGUUUACAUUUUGGCUAGACCCUGAACAAGAACAUACACUUGAAAUGUCACUAAUGGAUGCUAAUUAUACAGUUGAUGAGCAUCUGGCCACAAUGUCUCUGCCACUAAAGCCACUGCCAAUUAAUUCAAGACUUAAAAAGACAAUCAACUUUAAUGAGACAUCAGAAGUAGACAUAGAAAUAUGGGGGGAAAUCAAUGAACAUGCAGAUCUUCGGUACAGCCUAACAUUAUGUCAGGAAGAGAAACAGUUUAUUGAUAAAAGAAAAAGACAAAUACACAAAGCCAUGAAAACUCAUUUUGGAUUUGGAGCUCCAAAAAAUUAUAAAGAGGUUCCAGUUAUAGGUAUUAUUGGCUCAGGUGGAGGAUUUCGUGCCAUGGUUGCUUAUAGUGGUGUCAUGUCAGCAUUGUCUGAGUUAGGCAUUUUAGAUAUGACCACAUAUAUUGGUGGACUUUCUGGAUCUGCUUGGUAUCUAUCUCAGCUUUAUUCCCACUCUAAAUGGCCAGGUCUUUCACCAAGUGAACAGAGAAUUGAACUCCGAAAUAAUAUAGAUCACAGUUUUUUAUGGCUUUUUAAAUCUAAAGGCAUUACAUUUGUGAAAGAGGUUUGGAAAAAAAGAAGCAGAGGUGAACCUGUAUCAUUUACUGAUUUAUUUGGCCAUUUGGUUGGAAAUACACUAUUAAAAGAUAGGUUAGACAGUAAGUUGAGUGACCAACGCCAAGCAGUUAGUGAUGGACUAAGUCCUCUACCACUCUACACCUGCCUACACGUCAAAAAUUCUGUUUCUGCUAUGGUGUUUCAUGAAUGGAUGGAGUUUUCCCCUUAUGAAAUUGGUCUACCGAAAUAUGGUACAUUCCUGAAAACUGAACAGUUUUCUUGUAAGUUCUUCAUGGGCUGUAUUGUGAAAGAGUUUCCAGAGCCGCCAUUACAUUUUUUACAAGGUAUUUGGGGAAGUGCUUUUUGUAUUCAGUUCAAAAGACUUCUCCAAGAUGACAAACAUGUUGAUCCAGUGGAACUGAUGCGGAGAGAAAGAGAAGAAUUAGUGGAAGAAUUGAAAAAAGAUUUGGAAAGUUGUGACAUUCAGGAAAGUGAGUCAAGUGAAGAUGAAAAUGUUUAUGAGAAAGGAACACAUGGAGAAAAAACUACAGGUGGACUUCAGAGAAAACGAUCCAAAAGUACCAAACUGAAACAGAAAACUUUUUGGGAUUCAAUGCUGUCUAGAAUGAUGGAGACUCGAUGGUUUCAGAGCAUAGAACUUAGAGCAGCUCAAAUUUUCAAUUUCAUGCGUGGUCUUUCAUUAAAUAACGUUUUCCCGUUUUCACCUUUCACAAAGACUCAAGAAGAAGAAAAUGAGAAUAACAAAUGUGAUACUUUUGGAGGAAUCUUUGACCUACAUCCUACACAUGUUAAAAAACUGUAUGUUGUUGACAGUGGCUUAACUUUCAACUCACCUUAUCCUGUGCUACUACGCCCACAAAGAGAAGUAGAUAUCAUUCUGUCUUUUGAUUUCAGUGCUAGAGCUAGUGAUGACACACCUCCAUUUAAAGAACUUCUUUUAGCUGCUAAAUGGGCAGAGUUGAAUAAAGUCCCAUUUCCUCCUAUUGAUACCAGUGUUCUGGAGAAAGAAGGAUUAAAAGAGUGCUAUGUUUUUAAACAUCCUUGGGAUCCAAACUGCCCAAUAGUUCUUCAUUUUUGUUUGGUUAACAUCAAUUUCAAAAGAGAACUAAGACCAGGGAUUGAAAGAACAACACAGGAAGAGUUGGACUUUGCAAACUUUAGUAUAUUUGACGACCCAGCUAGACCUUAUUCUACAUUUAAAUUUACAUACACUCACUUGGAGUUUGAUCGUUUGUCUCAGUUGAUGGAGUACAACACAUUGUUAUGUCAGGAUCUUAUACUCGACAACAUAGCUACCUGUAUCAAAAGAAGACGCAGAUUCAGUAUUAGGCGACCAUGCAAAAAAAAAGAUAUAGCCAGAUUAAGUUUAAACAGCAAAAUAAAAGCUGACAAACUUGCUGAGUACAUUGCCAUGGUUGAGCAAGUCUCGGGUCUUAGUGAAAAUGAUGACUUAGACAAAGUCAUUAAAAAAGAUGAAAAUUUAGAUAAAAACGAUGCAGACUUUAUAACAGAAAUAAGAGACUCAAAUGAAUACAAACAACGUCCCUUUAGCUUACCAUUAAUAUUACCCGAAGAUGUGACUAGUAAUGGGAACAAAGAACCAAGUAGAAGAAUGCGACUAACAUCAGAUAUGACCAGAGUGGACGAGGAAAAUGAUGACCCCGAUAGUUCUCCUACUAAGGAUUACACAACUGGCUCUGGUCUUGGCAGAGUUACUUUAACAAGGUCAAAAGCUGUCAAAAGCCCAAUGAAGCCAAAAACAUUCAAACAAAAUGUCAAAAGUAUAAUACAAUCAAAUGACAACACUCAGCUGGGUGAUAAUGAGGUUUUGUUAUCAGAAUCAGUAUUACCACAAAAAUUAUCACCAAAAUCAUUGAGAAAGACAGUUAGCUACAAUACUACUUCAAGUGUUAGUAACAUGAAAACUUUAGAGAAUGCAGACUCAGCCUGUACUGAAAAAGAGGAAUUAAAAAAUGAAUGUGAUAACGACCCUAACAAAUCGAAUCAAACAGAGAUAUGUAAUUCAGCUGCUAAUAUAACAAAUCAGCCAUUAGUUGACUGGAUAGACUUAGCAGAACGCGUCACCCACUUGUAGUUUAUUUAUUUAUUAACUUACAGAAAACUUUUUAGCAAGCUUUUUAUAGAAUUAAUCUAAAUUUUAAGAUUUGUACAAAAUAUUUAACAAUUAUUUUCUUUGAGAGAGUUAAUGUUAAAAAAAGUGUGUGAACUUGUUUGUCAUUUGAAGUCUCAUUUGUUGUUUUUUAAAUGAAUUUUCACAAAAUAUAUGUAUAUACACACAUCACACACACAUAUAUAUAUUUAAGAUAGAGUAAAGUUUUUAGCACGAUUUAUUUAAUCUGUAUUGGUAUCAAAUAUUUUGCUUAUAACACACAACUGAAAAUGAAUUGAUUAAAUUUAUUAUGUAAGCACAACAAAU